GCAGGGGCGGGGGCCAGUGUGGUGACACACGCUGUCUCCCCAGCUGGCUGGCUCGCUCUCUCCUGGGGACACGGAGGUCGGCAGGCAGCACACAGAGGGACCUACGGGCAGCUCCCCACAUUUCUAACUCUUUCUGCCUCCUUGUCUCGAAGCUGUUCCUUCCCCUGACUCAAGAAUCCCCGGAGGCCCGGAGGCCUGCAGCAGGAGCGGCCAUGAAGAAGCUGAUGGUGGUGCUGAGUCUGAUUGCUGCAGCCUGGGCAGAGGAGCAGAAUAAGUUGGUGCAUGGCGGACCCUGCGACAAGACAUCUCACCCCUACCAAGCUGCCCUCUACACCUCGGGCCACUUGCUCUGUGGCGGGGUCCUUAUCCACCCACUGUGGGUCCUCACAGCUGCCCACUGCAAAAAACCGAAUCUUCAGGUCUUCCUGGGGAAGCAUAACCUUCGGCAAAGGGAGAGUUCCCAGGAGCAGAGUUCUGUUGUCCGGGCUGUGAUCCACCCUGGCUAUGAUGCCGCCACCCAUGACCAAGACAUCAUGCUGUUGCGCCUGGCACGCCCAGCCAAACUCUCUGAACUCAUCCAGCCCCUUCCCCUGGAGAGGGACUGCUCAGCCAACACCACCAGCUGCCACAUCCUGGGCUGGGGCAAGACAGCAGAUGGUGAUUUCCCUGACACCAUCCAGUGUGCAUACAUCCACCUGGUGCCCCGUGAGGACUGUGAGCAUGCCUACCCCGGCCAGAUCACCCAGAACAUGUUGUGUGCCGGGGAUGAGAAGUACGGGAAGGAUUCCUGCCAGGGUGAUUCUGGGGGUCCGCUGGUAUGUGGAGACCACCUCCGAGGCCUCGUGUCAUGGGGUAACAUCCCCUGUGGAUCAAAGGAGAAGCCAGGAGUCUAUACCAACGUCUGCAGAUACACGAACUGGAUCCAAAAAACCAUUCAGGCCAAGUGACCCUGACAUGUGACAUCCACCUCCCGACCUACCACCCCACUGGCUGGUUCCAGAACGUCUCUCACCUAGACCUUGCCUCCCCUCCCUUCCUGCCCAGCUCUGACCCUGAUGCUUAAUAAACGCAGCGACGUGAGGGCCCUGAA